CGGAGAGGAUCAGUUCGUUGGGCGUUGUCCUUUCUUAGUUUUUUUUUUGGGCAGUGUGCGGUCAGUGAUUCCGCUUGUGUAAAGGCUCUCUCUCGCUCUCCCACGAGUGUAGCGCAGUUUACCGCAGUUCAGAAGAAGAUCGCCCCAGUGUCAACGUGUGUUCUUGUGUGUCCUGUGAACCGCUUCGACAUGUUCCGAUUUGUGCUACUAUCAACGCUGAUGCUGCUGGGGGCCACCAGCGCCCAGUACGGGGGCGGGGGUGGCUACCACCGUGACCCGAAGACGGCCGCCAUCCUGAGCGAGCAGCGGUACCAGUCCGGGGACGGCAAGUUUGGGGCCGCCUACACGCAGGAGGACGGCACCGACUUUAAGGAGGAGACGGACUCGGACGGUAACCGGCGCGGGUCGUACAGCUACGUGGACCCGACCGGCCAGCGCCGGACCAUCUCCUACGUCGCCGGCAAGAACGGAUUCCAGGCCUCGGGAGACCAUCUGCCGGUAGCACCAGCCGCCCCGGCCCAGCCGGCCCCGCAGCCCCAGCAGCACUAUCAGGCGCCGCAGCCCCAGCAGCACUACCAGGCGCCGCAACCUCAGAACUACGGGGGUGCCGGAGGCCGCAGCUACGACGAUGACGGCCAGUACGAUCCGCGCUGGAACGACCCGAACUUCAGCCAGAACCAGUACUCCGCUCCCGCCCCGGUCCCGCCACCGGCGCCCGCUCCGCAGCAACACUACCACCACCAGCAGCCGGCACCGGCGGCCCCGCAGUACCAGCAGCAUUACGCGCCCGCCCCGCAGGCUGCACCGGCGUGGACCACCACCCCGGCUCCGCACCGCUUCCAGCCCCCGGGCAAGCUGCAGCUGAACCGCACCCCGGACGGCUACAGCUACACCUUCAACAAGGUCUAGGAGGCAGGCAGGAGGCAGUGGCAGUAGACCCCAGAGUGUAGACGUAGUGCAGCAGCACCAGCAGCAGCGGCAGGGACCAGAGGGAGCGGAAGGAGGCUAAAAUCCACCCCCCAAAACAACAACACACGCUUCCUGCGGGGCGCCCCCCCCCCCCCAACCCGCUUCCUGAUAGCACGCCACACGCCACUCCCUUCUCUCCCGACCCUACCAGCGAUCCCACGCGAGGUGAAGUUGCGGGAGCAUUGUUUGUUUGUUUUGUGAUAUGUCUGUGUGUGUGUGUAUGUGCCCGGAGACCCCAUCCCGCCCACCGCGCCCCCUCCCACUGGUCCUGGUCCCCCGAAUCCGAAAUCCUGGCUCCCCUUUUUAACCCACACACGACACACGAUUCCUCGAAACCCCCGUGGAGUGUAUGUAGGAGAUACUUGUACAGAUAUGUCGAGAGGGGGCACACCACACAAGACACCACGGGAUAGAGGGAGGGGGGGGGGGGGCAUGGACCAAAAGACCACCAGCAGGAAGAAGAAGAAGAAGCCGAAGAACUAGGAAAGAAGUAGGACCGAAGUAGGACGCGUGUGGGUGCGCGUUACUGUGGAGAACUCAAAAACACCAAACCCACACCUCCUCCUCUAUCGGAUCGGCAAUCGGAAAAUCAGGCGACAGGAGAAUCAGGACAUACUGGAGCAAAAUAUAUAUGUAAACCACUUGACUCUA